GUCUCGUGUUCGUCGGCCGUCGUCGUCGUCGUGUCGUGUCUUCGUCGUCGUUGUUUCUUGGUCGUCGUUCGAGUCUUUUGUCGUUCACGUGUAUAGUUUUAUUUGUUUUUUUUUUUUUAUUUUAACACACACACACUUGCACGGUAAAAUAGUACUUGCCUAAAAAAAAAACUCCACAAAGGUCCAAAGACCCGCCGCCGCCGACGAGGCCGUCGUCGAAAGACAAGGGGUUUUUUAAAAAUUGUUAUUUCUUAUCUACCGGUUUUCUUGGUAUUUUGUUUUCCGUCAACCGAAACGAGCUUAUCUCGUCCGCCGGCAAAAGUCUCGGCAAAAGCAUGUCGAAAAUGAAGGAAACCCGCGCGCCCAUGACCACCUUGCGGCUGUUGCUGUUGGGCUCCGUCGUCUUACUAUCAGGUGUCGCGGCUAAAGACCCGUCGUUGAUAAUCAAACCGGUACAACCCAGACAAAUGAAACCGAUCGGUUCUUCUUUGAUCCUGAACUGCCAACCCGACGUCGAUCAACCGGAAUACAUCACCAACCUGAAAUGGCUGGAUCCGCAGAACAGAACAAUCGAUCAGACUUCGACUGCCGGAGCUCACGUGACUACGACAUUCACUUCCGACAACAAUCUCGGGCUGGUCAUCACCGGCCUAACCGAAGCCGACGUGGGCACAUACACUUGCACUGCCACCUAUUCCAAUUCAGAGUACCUAGCCCACAGCGUCGUAGUCGACAGUUUCGACGACAUCACUUGGGUGGACGCCCCCACCGAACAGUAUCCGAUCGCCGGCACCAGCUACAAAGUAAGGUGCAAAGUCAAAGCCAAUCCGGCGCCGUUGGUCGAAUGGUACAGGGCAGACACCAAGAUACAGGACGGCAACCGGUUCGUCAAGGAAUACGACGGGUUGGUUAUACAAAACGUGACGGCCGAAGACGACGGCAUAUACAAGUGCCGCGCUAUUGUCUUGGACACGGGCAACAUUAAAGACAGGGACAUCAGAGUGGAGGUACACAUUCCGCCCACUUUUGCGGCCGAUCAAGUUUCCCAGCUGGAACUGGUCGAAGGCGAUAUGGCCAGUGUCCAGUGUGCGGCCAAUGGGAAACCGGAACCGAAAAUCACCUGGAUACACAUGCCGGAACAGCGGGACUUGAGCGAAGGGUCCGAGCGGUUCUCGGUGAACAAGAUCACUGGUGUGUUGACUCUGAACAAGAUAAGCCGAAGCGAUAACGGAAAAUUCAAGUGUGUGGCAUCUAACGCCGCCGGAACUAUUGAGCGUUUGGUCAACGUGGUCGUUCUGAUCAAACCGGAAAUCUUGGAGGUCACCAACAUCUCGGAACCCAUAAACACCGAAGCUCGAAUGCGAUGCUCGGCCAAUGGAAACCCUCUGCCGUCCAUCGUGUUUAGGAGAGUGGGCACAGAUGUAGUGAUAAAAACGGGAAUCGAAGAUUACCGUGUUAGCGUGGAGCACGAUACCGUCAGGGACGUGGCGACUGCCACUCUGGUAAUUAAGCACCUGAACCGCACCGACGAUGGUCUCUACACUUGUAUGGCGUCCAACAAGGGUGGAUCCUCAAUGAAAAACGGUCACCUCACCGUGCAGUUUCCGCCGGUGUACGCCAGCAACAUGGUCAAAGAAGUUUGGACUUGGAACGCCAAACCUGUGAACUUAUCGUGCGUGUCCGAGUCGCUGCCCAACGCGUCCAUCACGUGGCUGCUGAACAACCGUAUCGUCGAGGACGACAUGAACGUCAAGAAAUUCGGCAAAGGCCCUUACAGCGACCUCUUGGUCACCCCGGUGGACCAAAGGUAUUACGGCGUGUACACGUGCUUCACGAAGAACAUACACGGCGAGAACAACGCAUACAUUACUUUGCGAGAGGCUCACCGGCCGUCCAGGGUAUCCCAGGCCAAAUUCGAGGUCGUCACCGCCACAACGAUUUCGUUCAGUUUCGUCGGACCCACGGACACGGGAGGUAUCAAAAUCAAAGCGUACGCCGUCCAAUACAAAGAGCUGACCCAGUCGUGGGACGAGGCGCGCAACAAGUCCUGGCCAGUCGAUACGCCGUACAUAUUGGAAGGGUUAUCGGCGCAAAGGACGUACCAUUUCAGGUUCGCCGCCAUCAACGAGGUGGGCACCAGCGACUGGGGAGUGGUCGAACAGCGUGUCAUGCCCAGGAGAUCGGCCCCGGAAGAACCCAAAAUCUUGGUCACCAAAGACGUGUACACCGAGGAUUACAUAAACUCGCCGUACGGCAACAGCUACGAGGUGAACUGGAAAAUCCCGGCCGACAACGGCGAACCCAUCGACCGCUACAACGUCAUCUACUGUGUGAUUGAAAAAAUCAACACCGUGUGGACGCAGAAGAGAGAGUCAUGUAGAACGGAAGACCUCAAGUCUCCGGACAAGACGUCGUUGCUGAUGGAAAACCUGAACGCCGACACUUUCUACAAAGUCGAAGUCCGAGCCCACAACGACAUAGGCUACAGUGUGCCCUCCGAACUCGUCUUCAAAACCGCCAUGGAGCAAAACGUCAAAGUCGCCAGCGUCAGUUCGGCAAAUGCAAUCAGACGACCGUCGGUGUACCAUUUCAUGUCCUUAUUGACGGUGGCGGUUAUCCGGUUCAUCCGUUAAAACACAAUCGCUCUUUGAUUAUUAUACUAAAAAAAAAACCCCCAUUUUUCUCAUACGAAUAAUUCGCUAUUAAACAAAAAAAAAAAAAAUUAUUUCAUUUUUAGCUGGCUGGCUAUUGACAGCUUUUUACUGUGUUCAUAGGGUGUGUCUGUAUAUAAUCAUUUUAGGCCAGUGGCGCCGAAUCGUCGUUUUUAAAUAAGGGAAAUUCAAAAUAAUCAUUAAAUUACCCAUUAGAGCUGUAUAGUAUUAUAACUACAUGUAAAAUUCUAAAUUUUCGAUAAAAAAAAAUGCUUGCAAAAAGCACUGACUAAAGUGGGUUUAAAAUACUAUGUUUGAGUGGGAAAAAAAAGAAAGAUUUUUGUGAGCCAUUUAAAAAAAAUAUAUAUAUUUUUACACUGGAAAUCCGAAUUCUUACAUCUCUUGUCUAUUAUAGCGACUACACGUAUUUUUUGUAAACAUAUUUUUUGGCAAAUAAAUUUAAUCAUAAUAUUAUAUUCAAAGUCAAUUUAUACCUUUUGUAUCGACUAUAUCAGCAAUACAGCAUAUCUCUUGCGGUCGCGACUUUGCUUAUCAAUGUUGUUGCAGUGUUGCCAAUUUAAAGAACAAAACAAAAAGUGUUCAACGGGGGACACUGGAAAGGGGUAAAGCAACAACAGUAAUUGGAGAUUAACAUAACCAGCCCGCCUAAAAUUACAUGAAAUGCAUGAUUUCGGCGCCACUGUUAUUUAUACCUCAUAUAAUAUUAUGACAUCUAUAUAUAAAAUUAUAAACCGGGUCGUUCAUCCAAGACCGUUACGGAUCAAAAAAAAAUAUACAUAUAAAAAAAAAUAGUAUAAAUCAGUAAUAUUCGUUGACUUGACCGUGUUAUUGCUUCGGUGAUUGUAAUUUUUUGCAGAAAUCAAAGCAACAUUAAGUCGUCAACGCUUCCCACGAUUCCCUAUUUUUUUUUUUUAAUCCCUAACGGUUAAUCUUGCACUUAAGAUUGAGACGACGAAUGAAACGGAUUAUAAUGUCGUGUUGUGUUGUGUAUGUCCAGCGAGAUUUUCAUGUUACAGUUAAGAGCGACGACACUUUAUUGUGUUUGUAAUUAAAUGCUUUAAUUUAAUAUGUUAAAUUCAACGUAAACGAUAAUCAAGUAAAAUCAUUGCACUUUGUUGUUAACCGUUUCGUUAUCCUGUAAUUGUAAAUCGAUAUGGCAUUUUUUAUUAUUAUUAUUUUUUUUUUUAAAUAUAAUUUGCUAAAAACGUGUACCUAUUGCUUUAUUUUUAAUUUUGUGUUAUUGUUAAUAUUAUAAUGAUAUACUAUUUUUAGUCAAGUAGAAAUUAGACCAUAUACUAUACAUUAUUAUACAUAUAAUAAGCGUUUUUUUUUUAGUGUGAGUGUUUGUGAUGUCCUUUCUUUUUUUAUUAUUAUUAGUAGUAGUUAGUUUUUAUUUUGUAAAAAUAUAUUUUCAUAUUGUGAUACAUUUUUUUUUCUUUUCCAAUUAUUCGGUCGGUGAUGCUAAAAAAAAUAGAAUAACUCUUUGACGACAACAUCACAUUUUUUUUAACGAGCAUUUAUAGCAACACAUUCCAGCACGUUAUAAUUUAGUAUUUUCUCAUAAACGACAAGUACCUUAUGUACCCAAUUGUGUGUAUUAUACACAAAACUCAAUAUUAUUAGAGAUUGUAUUACGCACUUACGGUUCAGAUUCGAGAUGCAGUGGUUUUUACUUUAUUAUUGAUUUAGAUAACACAAGUUUAUUAUAAUAAUAUUGCUUGACUCGGUAGGUACAAAGAACUUAAGAAACGCCCAUAAGAAACUGAUAAUGACAUAAUACAUUUUUGAGCAUCUCGUUUAAGUAAUAAUUUUAACAAAUAUACACAUAUUAUAAUAUUAUAGAAAUAAAAAUGUAUUAUGUAUAUCUACAAGUGUAAACCUACCUAUUUAUAUUAUACCUAUUAUAGUAUGUUGUAAAUUCAUCGAUUUGUGUACACCGAUAUAU